AUGGCUCUACUACCUACUUUCGAAUUGCCCAAGUACAUUCGGGAAACCGAGGAUCGAGUCAAAUAUGGUCUCGGAGGCAGCGCGACGCCGUACAUGUCCAUCGCCGACCUGAUCUCGCUCUCGUCCGACCCGGACACGACUGCGAAAAACCUGGACGUCCGCUCCCUCAAACUCGGCGGCGGCAUGGGUCUCGGCAGCCCUGGAGUCCGCGCCGCAAUCGCAAACCUGUACAAAGGCAUCUCGCCCGACCAGGUCAUGACGGCGGUUGGCACGACGGGGGCCAAUGCGAUGGUGUUCACCACCCUGCUCAGCAGCGGGGACCACGUCAUCUCGCUGUUUCCCACGUACGGGCAGCUCUCCGGCCAACCCAAGGGGUUCCCUUGCGAGGUGUCGUCCUGGAACCUGGACAUCUCCGACGGCUGGAAGCUGCACGUCGACCAGCUCGAGGCGCUGAUCCGCCCGAACACGAAGAUGAUCGUGCUGAACAACCCCAACAACCCGACGGGCACGUACCUGGACGCAGAUACACAGAAGCAAAUCCUGGACGUUGCGCGCAAACACGACAUCAUCGUAAUGGUAGAUGAGAUCUUUCGACCGCUGUACCACGAAGACGACAACGGUAACAUAGCAGGCUCCCCUUCGUUCGUCGAGCAUGACGACCACUACACCGGUCGCGGCGUCGUCGUCACGAGUUCCAUGAGCAAAGUAUGGGGUCUGACCGGCGCGAGGAUAGGCUGGAUUGUGACCAAGGACCAGGAAAUUCUCUCCAAAAUCCUCGACGUCAAGUUCUACGCAUUCACUUCGACCAGCGACAUUGACGAGGUCGUUGCCGCCGAGGCCUUGAGCGACCGGUGCCGCCCCAACAUCCUCAAGAAGCAUCUGGGCAACGCGCGCGCUAAUCUGCCGUUGCUGGACGCCUUCGUCAAGAAGAACAGCGACAUGGUGUCGUGGACGAAACCAACCGCCGCCGCGACUGCUUUCAUCAGGCUGUCCUGGAAAGGAACUCCGAUUGACGACGUCGAGUUUUGCAAAGCCUUGCUAGACGAGGAGGGAGUGUUGCUCAGCCCAGGCAGCUUGUGCUUUGGCGAAGAUCGACAGAAGGAACUGCUGGGCUUCGUGAGGUGUCAUUUCACUUUCCAGCCGGAGAAGAUGGCGCCAGCACUCGAGGCAUGGGAUAGGUUUCUGCAGAAGACUCGCGCGUCGUUGUCGUAG